GAACUGGAUACGUCAGUUGUGAUUGUGUGUGAAAGGCGUUUAUUUCUGUUCCACAGUGGCAAAAGUAAACAAGUCUGGCAUAAUAUUUCGUUCGUAAAAUAAAUAUUAUCCUGCAAUACCUAAUUUGUCACAACCCGUCCGCAUUCAAGGCAUUGCAAAAACUCUCGACAAUGGAAGUGGACACAAAGUUACAGGAAUCCGGUUCCGUAGCGGAGCUACAAGACGAUGUCCCUAACGAGAAUCCGGAAAGCUUCUGCCGAUUGUGCUUCUCGGAGCAGAACGUCGUGUCACUGUUCCCACCGGAUGGUGGAUAUUUGCGUGAGCUGACGGAAAAAAUUCGCUUCUGCGCCGGAGUGAAAAUUUCAAUCCGGGACGACUAUCCAGCGGGGAUUUGCGGAUCGUGCAUUGCAUUCCUCGACGAGAUCCAUCGGUUUCAGAAGCGAAGCCGGCACUGUGAUGAGAUAAUUCGUGCGAAACGAAAUCUAAUGGAACAGAUUCACGUGAAAGUGGAAAUGAGGGAAGAGGACGGUGUUGCAGGGACAUCGCAAGUGUCAAUUCCAACUGCGGAAGAGCCGGAGCAGUAUGCUGGGGAUGACUGUCUCACGGAGAGUAGUAUUAUAGCGGAUGCCAUAACUAGUUUGAAUGGGAUUGGAGAACUGAUGGGUACGUUUCAAGGUGGCUUGGAGCAGCAGGUUUUCCCCAAAAUGGAACCUUCGGUUGCGGCCAGUGCCAAUAAGGAGCACCGUUGCAUGGUUUGUGGGCAUAUCUUUCCGGAUCGAGAGUCUUGGAUGGUUCACCUGGGAGAUCACGCAGAGGAACGCCCGUACCAGUGCCUUGAUUGUUUGGCACAGUUCCGUGAAAAACGAUCCCUUGCCAGACACAUGAAAGCGGUCCAUGAAGAGAUUCGGGAUCGAGAGUGUCCCUACUGUCCGAAAUCGUUCAAGUACAGUCACCAUCUGCGGUAUCACAUCCGAACGCACACCGGCGAGCGGCCGUACGUUUGUGAACUCUGCAACGAUAGCUUUUCGCAGCACAUCCAGUGGAAGCGGCAUCAGGUGAAACACCAACGACAACCGGAAACGAUUCAGAUCCAGAUUCCCCGGCCUACGGGAGGCGGCGCAGAGGAUACAUCAUCAAUAAAGUGCGAAUUCUGUCCGAGGGUAUUCUCUAGACUGCAGGACUACCGGCGACAUGCUCCUAGUCACAAUGCGGAAAAUUUGAAUCUGGACAGUCUGGCACAGCACCAGCUGGUUACGCUGCAAACGAUGAAUCAGCACUAGGUGCAGCGGGUAGGGAUUUUUUAUUGUCGGCAGUAGGCUUCAUUAGUAUUGUAUCCAAGUACGAUUCGUUUGGAGUACGUUGAUCUAUUAAAACGCGUUCACGCAACGAGUUUUUGUUUUUAUAAUUUUCUAGUUUGAGCGGUUGAAAAUAAAGGUCGGGAUCACAGACCAUGCAAAUUCACCACCGAAAAAGUUUUCUCUACUUAAAAAAGCGACAAAUUUUACGCCGAAAACUCCGUAUAAAGUCACACUGAAAACUAAAGGUUGGUUGAAAAACGAUUCGUAGAAUGUAGAUUUAUCAAAAGGAGCUACUCAACGAUCGAAGUGUGCUUGGAUUUAAAUCUGUACAUUGAGUUACUAGGUGUCGUUUUUUCUUCGCAACAUAUUUAUUAUAUUGACCAGAAUAACACCACACAAGCUGAAUCGACAAACCAGUCAGGAUUUGUUUGUUCGAACAUGUAAGUCUAACAUAUCUGUGUUAUUGUUAUCACUUUAUCAAGCAAUUGAUAACAAAGCACCGGCCAUUCGAAAUACAAAACACCGCGUCGGCAGCCGCUAUUACACAGUAGUUUGUUAGCGCUCCAAAAUGACGCAGAUCGAGAUCGAUUGCAGUACGUUCGACGACGAAACAAACACCGCAACGGAACAAUUCAUAUUCAACGCCCGAUUUCCGGAAUAUGGCAGCGUGCUGACGCGAUUGGCAUCGUUUAAAACCGACGAUUGGGGUGCCAGUUCACGACGACAAAUGGCCGAGGCAGGAUUUUUCUACACCGGUCGUAAAUCUACCGUUCAGUGUUUCUACUGCGGCUUAAGGCUGUCCAAUUGGAAAGUUACCGACGAGGCUUGGAAGGCCCAUGCGAAAUUGGCUCCCGACGAGAGAUGCGACUAUUUGGACCACAUGAAGGAGGCGCAUUUUGUUGGCAGCAAAGGUUCGAAGCCUGGCGAAUAUGGAAGGAAGUCGUGUUUUCAAGGCAGUCUUGAUGCCGAAUGGAGGCCCUGUCGAAUGAUGAACGAUUGUGUUAUCUGUGUUUGGGAGUUCUGGAUGUUGCCGUCGCAAAGCGGCAAAGAUUAGUGCAUAGGUUGGCAGCAUAGUGACUCACGACUGAUAUUUUGGUAUUAUUCGCUUAGUAUGUAGAACUGCCACAAUAAAUUCAUUGUAAAACUAAGUCAAA